UCUGAACAGUACCCCGGCUCUGCCUUUAUUUUACCUACUCCAAUACGACCCACAGUGAUUCUUCCUGCAAACUUGGUUGAAGAAGUCAUACGUGAGCCAGAAGAUGUGUUGGCAACAAGAGAGGAAGUAGAUGAUCGUUUCUUGGUGAAAUAUACCCUUAUGACCGCGGAUGAUCACAUGAUUCGGCGCUCAGUAAACCUGAUUACACGGAAUAUCAAUGAGAUUAUGGAUGAUAUUACUGAUGAAUUGGACCUUGCAAUCUCGAAGGUAUUCGGUGCGGAUACAACUUGGCAGGCAAUUAACGUACACACGCCAAUACUUCAGCUUGUUGCAAAGAUAAACUCCAGGGUUUUUGUCGGCCUAGAAUUAUCUCAAAAUGUAGAAUGGGUCGAUGCAAUAAUCAACUACACGGUUCAGUUGAUGACCGCUGUGAAGAAAUUGCUGGAUUGCCCCGCGUUUCUACGCUCCGCGGUUCAGUACCUUCUUCCUGAGAUCCGAACUAUCCACCAAUCACUCGCCUCGUGUUGUCGUCUUCUCCAGCCAAUCUUGGAGGAAAGGAGGCGGAAUUUAGCUAAGCCUUCUUUUAAGAAACCAGCAGAUAUGAUACAGGGUGUAAUAGAUUACGCACCUCAAGGCCAAGGAUCGAUUCUAGAGUUUCAAGGUCGUUCUCAGAUGAUUCUGGGACUUGCUUCUACUCAUACUACGUCAAUCACACUCCAAAAUGCUCUAUAUGACCUUGCGGCCUAUCCACAAUAUCUUCAACCCUUACGCGAUGAGUUGGAAGAUAUGAUCGAGCAAGAUGGCGGAAAGCUCCUUACCAAAUCAUUCCUGAUGCUUCGGAAGAUGGACAGUUUUCUACGAGAGUCUCAAAGAAUGAACCCCAUUGAUCUACUCUCAUUGAGGCGGAAAACGAAAAUAGCAACAGUUUUCUCUGAUGGAACAGCAAUCCCUGCUGGAACUUCAAUUGCUAUACCAGUCUCUAUUGUUCGUGAGAACGAUAUUUUGACCAACCCAGGUGUAUUCGAUGCCUUCCGAUUUGAGAGGUUAGCGGAAGCUGAAGGAAACUUCAACAAAUAUCUGUAUGUUAGUACUGAUGGCAACUCUCUGGGCUUUGGUCAUGGUGUACACGCAUGCCCCGGUCGAUUUUUCGCUGCCAUUGAAAUUAAGUUUAUCCUUGCUCACAUUCUCCUAUAUUACGACAUCAAAUUCGCAGAAGGUACUCGAAGACCGAAGACAACGUAUUACGGGACCAAUAUUGGACCAAACCUUGAUGUAGAAAUUAUGUUUCGAAGAAGA